ACUGGAAGGAAGGAGAAAGGAGACCCGCUGAACAUAGCAAUUGAUAAGAUGACCAAGAAGACGAGAGAUCUACGAAGACAGUUGCGGAAAGCCGUGAUGGAUCACAUAUCGGACUCGUUCCUCGAGACCAACGUCCCGCUGCUGGUUCUCAUCGAAGCAGCCAAGAGCGGCAACGAGAAAGAAGUUAAAGAAUACGCCCAAGUGUUCCGUGAACAUGCCAACAAGUUGGUGGAGGUUGCCAAUUUGGCUUGUUCCAUUUCCAAUAACGAAGAAGGUGUGAAAUUAGUCCGGAUGGCAGCAACCCAGAUUGAUAGCUUAUGCCCACAGGUGAUAAAUGCAGCUUUGACCUUGGCUGCCAGACCUCAGAGCAAAGUGGCCCAAGACAAUAUGGAUGUCUUCAAAGACCAGUGGGAGAAGCAGGUGCGAGUCCUCACCGAGGCCGUGGAUGACAUCACCUCUGUGGACGAUUUCCUGUCCGUCUCAGAAAACCACAUCCUGGAGGAUGUCAAUAAAUGUGUGAUUGCGCUGCAAGAAGGUGAUGUUGACACCUUGGAUAGAACCGCCGGGGCGAUUCGAGGCCGUGCUGCCCGGGUGAUCCACAUCAUCAAUGCCGAGAUGGAAAAUUAUGAAGCCGGGGUUUACACCGAGAAAGUGUUAGAAGCCACAAAGCUGCUUUCUGAGACAG